UGCCAGCACUGAAAUUAAAGUGCAUUACAAACAGCAAUGCUGGACAGCACUUGUUUAGUUCCUAUCAGGGUGUUGGAGUCUAAGAUUUGGGGAUUGGUUUCACAUUUGAGCCAAUUCUAUGAACUCUUUAGACAAGUGUCUUGAAUUUCGUUACUUGAUCCCAGCAUGUGCACCUGUGGUAGCUGCAGCGCUCCCAUCACAACUUGGAAUGACCCUUCGCAAGAGUCACCUGCAGAUUUUUCCAUUUGGUUUUCAUGGUUUCACCCUCUGAGUCAUUUUCUGCUUUCAGCAAAUCUGCAGCUUUUUUUAUCCCCAUUGACAGCAUCAGUGCUGCAAGCAGUCGGUUUCAGGGCCAGCUGGCUGGUUGCUGACAGAAGGCGCUGUGUCUGAAGACAGGGUUACCCUCCUGUUAGCUUCUCCAGGCCAUUUUUAGCAGAAUGGAAAGUUUGAGUGAGCUUCAGAACCCACUGCUGGCCAAGAGCAGCAAGCAUCUUCACGGUAGCUACUCCUACCAUCAGCAUCACCCUAGUCAUUGCUGCCAGGGGAAACUUUACAUCUUUCAAAACACUGGCAGUGCCAGGACUCACCAGCUGCUGGAUGCCAGUUCUCUGCAGCUGGCCGUUGAAGCAUUGUAUGGUCCCAACUUCAUCCUGGUGAAGGAUGAGACCAGUCUCAAGGCCAAGGACAACAAAGGGGAGAGCUGCGAGACGACCUUCAUGGAAAACAAAGAGGCCCCCUCUGAGGCUGCAGAUGGACGAGAAAAACAAGGGCCCUGCCAGAUGGAGAGUGACAUCAGAAUCCAAACAGUGUCCUAUGAGGUGGAGGAGGAGGAAUUCCAGGAGUAUGAGAGUGACUCCUCGAGUGACAGCGAGAGUGAGGAUCAUUUCCUGAUGCUCCCCCCACGAGACCACCUGGGCCUGGCCAUUUUUUCAAUGCUCUGCUGCUUCUGGCCCUUGGGAAUCGCUGCCUUCUACUUCUCCCAUAGGACCAGUAAGGCUGUCUCCAAGGGGGACUUCCACAUGGCAAGUUCGGCCUCCCGGCGGGCCCUCUUCCUUGCUGCGCUCUCCAUCACCAUCGGCACAGGGGUCUAUGUUGGCGUGAUUGUAGCACUGAUUGCUUAUCUAUCCAAGAGUGGCCAUGUAUAGCAGAGACCUUCACGCCAAAGCUCAGCACUCUGCACCCAAAGGCCAAUGCUAGGGGGAUUCACGCUUUUGUAUGGAGCAUAGGACACAACGCAACGCUUGCAAGGGCCGCUGAGCAGCUCCAUGAGUGGAGGGAUCCAGGCUUGGAUGCGCUGUACAGGGUCUUUCCCUUUUACAUGAACAAUAGACUCCAUUUUCCUUUACACCUUGGACAACUUGCUAACAAUGUCCUGCUAGUAAAGAACUCAGCACAGGCUGAAAGUCCUGGAUUCUGAGGCUGGGAGGAGCAUGUUUCGCUUAAGGAAGAAUGUGGAAGAGAUAUUUUUAGUUCAUCUGCAGGGCCCGGUGCAGCCACUUAUAGUUUUCAAAACAACAUGUUCAUGUUCUAGUCCUGCACUAUGAAUCCCACCACCUCGUGUAUCAGCCCUGGUCUGAUUUUGAGGCACAUGGGGAAGAGAGGGCAGUGGCUCCCAGGCUGAUUGAGAGAGAGAGUGGUCAAGGCUCCUGUUGUGGGGAAAACACUUCAGUUUUAGUGCCAUAAGCUGGCAACUGUCCCUUUAACUGCCACAAACUAGGAGGACACAGUGCAGCCCUAAAUAAAGAGAGAGCUCUGGGACUCAGUCUGCAAAACCUCAGCUAACAGCUCUGACACCAGGCUUUAUUUACCCUAGUCUCAUUUACCAAUCCCUGGCUCAGCCCUUGGUGAUUCAGACCUAGCUCUGGACUCAUAAAUCCAUUCUAAACAAAACAACGAAAGGUCAUUUGGGUUGGUAACUGUGUGUCAUCAUUUCAUGUGUAGAAGCUGGUUGGGAAAAACCUCACAAGUCUUGUGUAUUAUCGUCAUCACAGUAGCACCUAGUGGCCCAACUAUUGUGCUAGGUUCUGUAAAGACACAUGGUAAGAGCUCAGGCUCCGAAGAACGUACAGUCUCAGGAGCCAAAACAGACAAAGGCUGUGUGUGAAACGGAGGCACUGAGAGCUGACAUGAUUUACCCGAGGUCACUGAUGUCAGGGCCAUAGAACCCUAGGCUAGGUACCUCACCUUUAGCUUUAGCAGUGAGCAAUGAAACACUCCAGGUACUGCCAGUUAGGGCAACACCCAGAAGAAAAUAUCCUGUUAUGCCCCCAAUGCGUCUACUUCCAGGUAAAUAACAACCCCCUCAGCCGGAACUGGCCUGAUCCCAUUAAUGCUGGUCACAGACAAAUAAGGAGGUCAACAAAAAAAACUCUUAACUCAGCUUUGUGUAUAAUGUCCAGCCAAAAAUACUGUUUGUUACCGGACAAAAGCCACAGAAGGAGAAAAUAUAUGUUCCAGGGUUGGAGACUGAAUGACAAGCGAUGGAGCCGAAACCCCAGGUGGAGGGUGGGAAGAAGUGUCUGUGCAAGGCUCUGUGCUGGACAGGACCCACAUUGGAAAUGCCAAUGCCAUUUAGCCCUGCUUACAGCCUAUUGCUUAUUUGUAUAGUGCCAAUAACACGCUAGGUGCUUCACAGACGGAUGUGGAGGCAGGGUCUUUGCCCCAAAGAGCUUACUGUAAAGAGACACUUUCUGCUUCAACCUGAGCUCCACUCUGUGCCUCAGACGCCACAUCUUAAACCCUCCUCACCUUGGCCAGUCCACCCUGCACUUCUUCCCUUGCCUCCCCACGCCUUACCCUGAUGGGGCGUAGGCAGGCUCCCAACUCACCCCUCCUCCCUGGGGUUUCCAUGCACACUAUAGCAUAUUCUGUAAGAAACUCAGCAUGUUCCUUGAUCCGUGUAUUGUUCAUAUGUACAUUUAAUUCUAAAGCAGCAUGUUAAUAUCUGAGAUUUCUAUUGUACUUGAGCCAUAAAAGAAGGAAACACACAAGAGAUGAGAUCUGUUCAGAAGCUUCUCUGAAGGUCCCAUUAUGUUUUAUAACAUGAAAGAGUUAAUAAAAGAGCGGGAAACGGGAAUGUAUCCUCGAUGAGUUGGAUGGGGGCACACUGUGCAAAUGGCACAAAGCUAUUUAGAUCAGGAAAACCCCAGGAUGCUUGUGAGGGAGGCUGGAGGAUGUAAUCCAGCCAGUGGCUGGGCAACACGAUGGGAGAUUACAAUUAACUUAGAUCACUGCAAAGAAAUACACUUUGAGGAAAAGAACCUAAACUUAGAGCCUCUGAAUUCAUAGUAGCUUCUUAGGGGAAGAUUUAGGCAUCCUCAUGGAGUUCAGGUUGCCCAGUGCACAGUAGAUGUUUAAAAAGUAAAGAUGCUCAAAAGAGAGAGAAAAAAUAUAAUGAUUUUGAAUAACAGUGAACUCCUCUGUGGAGUUACUAACAGGUCCCCUGGAGAGGCUGGAAACAGUCAGAGAAGCCAACAAAAAUGAUUCAAGGCCUGGCAGUACUUGAAUAAAAGAGAUGAAAG